CAGUUGGAAAGUGCAAGCGAGAGUUAUAUACCGUGUCAUGAUCGAAAGUCCAAGUAUGCUUAUGAUAUCGGCUCGAGCAUGCUUGCUUCAACUGUGAAAAUCAGUGCUCUUCAGGCGCAGUGAACACAUCGCCAGUGACGUACCUGAUGCCUUCGUGGCAGGGUUUGAACCAACAGGCGCCGAUACGAGGACCACUUCCGAAAGCGGCUCGUUGGUCUGUUGGCCCAACGGCUACGCCCACGGCGCAAGCUGCCUACAAAACUGUUGGAUAUGCACCGCCUUCUGCCCAAAUCAGAAAUCUUCCUGGUGUGCAAUGGAGCAUCCCAGCUUCACAGCCCAACUUGCCAAGCAUGUGUGCCACCCAAAGCAUGGUGGUGCCAAGCCAGGCUGCUGGCCCCAUGGUGCUCACAGCAAAUAGAAGCAUAUUGCGUGGAGUGCCAGCGUGUCCGACAUCAAUCGUUGCCAAGGGUCCUAGGACCGUGACGCGGAUGAGUCCAAGUCCUCUCAGCAAUUCCAACAUCGCCCCACCUCAGAUUGCCAAAAGCCUGCCAGUGGCAGCAAGAAUCCCUACCAGCCCCAGCCCCCUGCCACAAACAACAUCUUUCUUCCUCCACUUGCCAGUUGGCACCACUCCAGUUGGCACCGCUCCAAUUGUUGCCACUCCUGUUGUCGCUGCACCUGGUGCUGCCCCAGGGCCAACCCCAAGUCCAACCACGAGUCCACCUAAUUUGCCUCUUGGACCUGGGCCCAAUGGAACAAAACCCUUCGGGGUGCCCGUAGCUUCAAGCCUACCCAACAUGGACGCCAACACGUCCGAGAAAGAACUGGGCAACGAGUCACCACCCAAAGCACCGAAACGAGAUCAACCCAUCGUCUCAUCGAGCCCCUUAUCUCACACUUCUCGAGCGAACAACAACUCCAUCGGGUUGUCCAGCCGCCAGGGGCACGUUCGACAGCCCUCUGUGAUGUCUCUGGAGAGGAUGCUCUUCGAGAUGACCAAUGGGGAUUACAACCCAACUGAGAUGGCAAAAAAAGAGACGGGUGCCGGUGCCCAUGAACGCCGAUGUCAUGUGCGAAAUCCCAGGCCGAGUGUCGAUUGUUGCACCCACCAUGGACUCGCGGAAGGAAUACCACACGCCCAAGACUACGCUGACAAGGAGCUGAUCGUGGUGGAAACCUAUGUGGAGAAACCCUCGCGCUACUUGAGGAAAUUUGCGAGCAGAGAUGAGCGAGUAGUGCAUGUGCCGAUCCAAGUCAGUCCGGGCAAAGACAUCACCGUCGGCUUGAAACGCAAUAUGACCUUACAUUUGGCCUCCGGCGAGUACAUUGUAAACUUCGAUGAUGAUGACCUCUACGCACCUGGCUAUGUGCCAAGGGUGAUACAGUUGAUUUCCAGUCAGAACCUGGUGGGUUUGACUCUAUCAGCAUGGUACAACUACUACAUAGGCCAAGGUGUGUGCACCUUUUCCGAUCCUGAGAGCUGGGAAGAAUGGGCGGACGAUCAGCAGGAUCUGGAUGAGAUCUUGUACGGCUAUGGUUUCAGCUACUCCCACAAGAGAACUCCAUCACUACGUUUCUGGUAUCCCAAUGUGGGCUUUGCUGAAGAUGCUCCCUUCUUUCUCAAGCUACGAGAUAUGUUCGGCAAGGACAAGGUCCAACUCUACAAGGAUGAAGACGGCUUCUGCGUGCAUGUGAUGCACCGUGCAAAUACCGCCCAAGUGUUGGGAAGCCGCAUUGCAUCUCGACAGGAGAUUGGAAGGCUCAAGGUGACCGCACUGGAACCGUUCAGGGAGAUGAUCGACCAGGAUUAUGGUCGCUUCGGUGGGUGGCUAUGGCGGCCUCCGGUGCCCACAGCUUUGUCUGAAGAGGCCUUGGCGCGUGGCGCUUGCUUUACUCAAAAACGUGGCACUUGCGCUCAAGCGUGCGUUUAACGAAGCACGUUUGUCCUGCGCUUCAUCGGCGCUUUCAGCUUGCAGAACUGAGUGGUGACUCUUGUCCUUUCUUACAAAUUUCAACUCACUUGUUCCGUGUCACUUUUUGAUAUUUUUGAGAUAAAAUUGUUUUGUGCAGUUGGUGGGAUCAACGAAUGUAACACAGGGAUCCUGGGUCCAAACAGAAGAAGCAAGCCACAUUUUACAAUUAUAUGCACGCAUUUAAGUGCAAUCUCGCCAUCUUCGAUCUAACCCAUCGGCUAGUCGCGAUUAUAUGCUUUGUCUCCCUACUACAGCAUGUCCCUCUGGAUUAUUCGAUUUCUUUUUCUUCCUUUUCUGUUUUGUUGUGCCACUUGUUGAGUUGAUAAAGCUCCAGCAUUACAUUUGUAGGACAAGGAUAGUUGCUGUGCUGAGAGGAAGCUGGCCUUCGAUGGAUGUGGCAUCGGAACUCAAAGCCAGGACUCCGAGUUGAUGGACCACGGACCUCAUGACGUUCGGCGACCACGAGAUUGACGAGAACUUUUUGCAACAGACUGUGACACUGCUGGCUCGUAAAGUAGACCGCCGAGGACAAAGUUCCAUUUCCAUUUGGAUUGCCUGUUGGCGCUUGUGGUUCUGUUGAUUUGGCCACUACUUGGUUUCAGAGCUGACAAUGGAGAAGAUUGAAAAUAGUGGCGACUCAUGCUCCUGCUCACACAACUUAGUUGAUCCACGUGUUUCUUGAACAAUUGCUUGACGACGUUCUAUAUGAAACAUUGCAAACUAGGAAACAAUAUUCAAAAGACGCAACAACCAUUGAUG